AUGGUUGAAAAAAUUACAAGACCAGAAACAAAAAUAGCAACAACCAUAUCAAGUAAUGUAAGAAAUAGUAUAUUUGGACAUAUAUCACCACUUGUUGGUCGAAAUAACAACAAUAACAAUCGUUGUUCAUCACCUAAAAAUAAUUCAACAACGACAAAUCGAUCGUCAAGCAUCAAAAAAUUAAUCGAUCAAGAUCAUUUUCAUUAUGAGAAGGUUGAAUUAGGAUCAAUUGAUGUUGCAUUGAUCGCUUAUGAGCCUAAUGCAUCAUCACCUAACAGACAGCUUCUAUUGCAAAUCAAAAGUGCUGGCCAAAAAUGGCAUAUUAAUCGUAGCAUUGAUCAGUUAUGUGAGUUCGAUCAGCAAUUACAUCGUUGUGUGUUCGAUCGUUCACAGAGUCAAUUGAAGGAAUUAGCAUUGGAAUUGAAACAAAGUGAUCCAGAAAGUGCCCAAGGACAUAUUCAUAUUUAUUUGCAACGAUUGUCACAUAUUACUGGCAAUUUAAUGCGUUGCUAUUCUAUUUUGAAAUUUUUAGAAAUUGAUAGUCAUGGAAAUCGUUUUCUAGCAGCCGAAGAAACUCCUAUAAAUACACCAGCUAUAGCGAGCGCAAUUGUCACCAAAGAUUUCAAUGCAGAAACAUGUGAUCAAAUUUCAUUACGGGUAUGCUUUAAUUCGUUAUCAACUGAAAUAAUUUAA